GAGGCCUGUCGUAAUCUCAAUCGUUUCGUAAGUCGUUCCCUGAGGAUUCAACGUUGGAGAAACCCUAAUUCCGGCUGCGCUUGCCUUCGCGCCUCCUUACUCUUUUUUAUCGCCGCCGACGUCCUUCGGGAGAUGGUCCUUCGUGGGGAUGUCUCAGUUGCUGGCGAACAGUGCUUGUUCAUCCUCCAAGAUCGGGUUCCAAGGGACGCCAGUCCAUCGGAAUAACUUUGGCUGCCAGAGGAAAUUGUGCUUCUUCCAGGGGAUUGGUGCAAGUUCUAGUGGAUUUUACGGUAAAGUGAUGAAUUAUCAAGGUCUACAGAAAAAGAAUGUACCUCGGAAUCAAGGUGUUCAAAAUGUUAUGGCUGGUGAAACAAAUCAAGACGUGCUUUCCAAAAAUACUGAUGUUUUUGGUAGCAACAGUGGUGGUGGAUUGCGUGGAAAGUUGAACAAAGUGGUUUUAGCUUAUAGUGGUGGUUUGGACACCUCAGUGAUAGUCCCUUGGUUAAGGGAGAACUAUGGAUGUGAAGUUGUGUGUUUCACUGCAGAUGUUGGACAAGGUGACCUGGAGAUGGAUGGCUUGGAACAAAAGGCCAAGGCUAGUGGUGCAAGCCAACUUGUUGUAAAGGAUUUAAAGGAGGAAUUUGUUCAGGAUUACAUAUUUCCUUGUUUGCGAGCCGGUGCAGUGUAUGAAAGAAAAUAUUUGCUUGGAACUUCAAUGGCUCGGCCUGUUAUAGCCAAGGCAAUGGUUGAUGUUGCUAAAGAAGUUGGUGCAGAUGCUGUUUCACAUGGGUGCACAGGAAAAGGAAAUGAUCAGGUUCGUUUUGAGCUCACAUUCUUUGCUUUAAACCCUGAACUUAAAGUUGUUGCACCUUGGAGGGAAUGGGAGAUAACAGGGAGAGAGGAUGCUGUUGAAUAUGCAAAAAAACACAAUAUUCCUAUACCUGUUACAAAGAAAUCAAUUUAUAGCCGAGAUCGGAAUCUUUGGCACCUUAGCCAUGAGGGUGACAUUCUUGAGGACCCAGCGAAUGAGCCAAAGAAAGACAUGUACAUGAUGAGUGUUGAUCCAGAAGACGCACCUAAUCAACCCGAAUAUUUGGAAAUUGGGAUUGAAUCAGGCAUACCUGUUUCCAUCAAUGAAAGAAAGCUGUCCCCUGCAUCUCUUCUUUCAGAACUCAACGAGAUUGGUGGAAGGCAUGGUAUUGGACGUAUAGACAUGGUUGAGAACCGUUUGGUUGGCAUGAAGUCCCGUGGUGUCUACGAAACCCCAGGUGGCACCAUCUUGUGGGCGGCUGCUCGCGAGCUGGAGUCCUUGACACUCGACCGGGAGACCAUACAGAUGAAAGACAUGCUUGCACUUAAGUACGCCGAGCUGGUGUAUGCCGGCCGAUGGUUUGAUCCCCUUCGACACUCCAUGGAUGCCUUCAUGGAGAAGAUCACAGAGACCACUACUGGGUCUGUGACCCUUAAGCUGUACAAGGGGUCAGUGACCGUCGCAUCACGGAAAAGCCCGUACAGCCUGUACAGGGAGGACAUCUCAUCAUUUGAGACUGGAUCAAUCUAUAACCAGGCUGAUGCUGCUGGAUUCAUCCGACUAUACGGGCUUCCUAUGAGAGUCCGCGCAAUGCUCGAGAAGGAUAAGUGAGGUUUAUUCUCGUUUCUAUGCAGUAGAAAAACAGUCAAAGAGACGGAUUGUAGGAUUUGUCUGAUCUUUAUCUGCUAUAAUUUGUAUGCAAACCCAGGCACUUGGUUUGGACUUGCAGCUAUUGGUUUGCCCAUGUGGUACUUGUGGUAAUCUACUAGGCACAAAAUAAGGUACUUGUCAUCUUUACCUUCUGUAAUAGUUGUCUGCAAACAGUCGACUGUUUUAGUGUGUCAUCUAUCUUUGGUGUUA